GACAAGUCUCUCCCCCCUUCUAUUUCUGCGCUGGUGGACGCUAAAGCCCAUACGUUUAGUUUACAUUGAAAUCAUGAGGCGCUUCAUUCUCACACUGCUAUGGGUAGUGUCGUUACCUUCGUGCAUGGAGGCUAUCCACGGAUUAUACAAUUUUGGCCAACCUGAAUUCUUUCAUCCAAAGAAGAACAACUGCAAGCCCAUACCAGAGAAUCUGCAUCUGUGCCACGAUAUUGAAUACACGGAGAUGCGCCUGCCCAACCUCCUGGGCCACGAGACCAUGAACGAGGUCCUGCAGCAGGCGUCCUCUUGGACCCCGCUGGUGCAGAAGCAAUGCCACCCCGACACCAGAAAGUUUCUCUGCUCCCUUUUCGCCCCCGUUUGUCUCGAUGACCUGGACGAACCGAUCCAGCCGUGCAGGUCGCUCUGUGAGAGCGUUAAGACCGGCUGCGCACCGGUGAUGAACGCCUUCGGGUUCCCAUGGCCUGAUAUGCUGGACUGCACUCGGUUCCCCGCCGACAACGACCUGUGCAUCCCCCCUGCGGGCAUGGACAACUUCGUCCCGGUGACUAAAGAAGUGCCCAGAGUGUGUGAGGCCUGCAAGGAAAGAGAGGAGAAUGACAACGAAAUUGUCGACAACUUAUGCAAGAAUGAUUUUGCUCUGAAGAUCAAGGUGAAGGAGAUCUCGUACAUCAACGGCGACACAAAGAUAGUGCCGGAGACCAAGAGCAAGACCAUCUACAAGCUGAACGGCGUGACGGACCGGGACCUGCGGAAAACCGUGCUGUGGCUCAAGGACGGGCUGCAGUGCGUAUGCGAGGAGAUGAACGACAUCAACGCCGCCUACCUGGUUAUGGGCCAGAAGCUGGACGGACACCUGGUCAUCACCUCCCUGAAGCGCUGGCAGAGGGGCCAGCGGGAGUUCAAACGGAUCUCCCGCAGCAUCCGCAAGCUGCAGUGUUAAAAGUGUUCACGUGUUAAAACAGACUCAGAAAAAGGGCCCUUUUGUCCGUUCAAACGUUAUGUGUUCAUUAAUUUAAUGCUGCACAUCAGCAGCAGGUGUCUGGAAUAAUGACUCUUUGGUGGGAUGGGUUUGAACUGGCCUAGGCCUGUACAAUGAGUUGAGUGUUGGGUAGGCUUAUAAUAAAAGCAGGGUGCGGAAUAGAUAUAGCUUAUGAAUUGAAUUGGGUGAUUCUGAUUGGUGGGACAUAUAGGUCUACAAAUUAAGGAUGUUAUUUUGUACCUAUCCAUUUCUCAAGCUAAAUGAGAGAUAGCGGGCUAUAUUCUCUGCGUGUUUGUAGGCCUAUGCUUUUCGAUGAAAAUGUGAUUGAAUGGGUUAUUUUUCUACUUACUUUUUGCUCUGGACUUUACGGUUUGUCUUCAUGUUUCGUUAUUAAAAACAUUUCAACUCCACGUAUUCAUUCAAAGGUCGGUUUGAUAUUCGUGGUUCAGUUAAGAUUAAGUAAAUUGCAACUAUACUUGAGCGCAUAGCAACCAUAUUCUACCUUUAUGUUUACUGUUUUUGUAGCCUAUUAGGCAUAGGCACUCUGUAAAUAGAAAAUACUGUUCAACUGGUGCAAAAUAAAGAUGACAAUUUCUACAAAAUUCCAUUUAUUC